GACAACAACCUGUAUCAUCUGCUAAGUGCCGCUCGCGACAAUUGUGCGGGUAAUUGCGAGUCUUUGAAAUUUUUGGUCUCUUUUGAUGAGCUUAUGCCCUGCUCUGGCUGUGGCAUCUUCGAUUCGCCUGUCAUUGGAAAGUUGCGGCCGCUGCGUGACACACAUUUCACGCAUUAGACACGAGCCUACCGCCAGCUGGCCGUUGGAGCUGGACUCUGGCGUCGGGAAGACUAGGCCUAGACUGGCUUUUUCUUGGAGCCCGCACUCCCAGCCAAUACAGCCGAAGCCCCGCUCCGUCCCCCUCUUGCAUUAUUCAUGCGUGCAACGGCCCGAGGAGGAGCGGCCGCCGCAGUCGGCGCAAAGAUGACUCUGCGCUUAGUCAGCAUAUUGUCUGUGGCAUUCAUUUCUGUAUUGCCCGCACAGUUGGAUGCAUUUAUCACGCAGAAUACAGGCUGUCAUCACAAUGGCACUUGGUAUGCUGACAAGUCGGUGGUGCCCAGCAUGGAGAAGUGCCUCAAUUGUCAGUGCAAUCGCAAGACGCUCGUCUGCCGGCUGAAGGUCUGCCCGGAAAUGCCGAUGCCGCCGCCUCGGGGCUGCGUGGUCGUCCAGCGGAAGAACAGCUGCUGUCCCUACUUGUCGUGUGCUCGCUUGGACGCCUUCUACAAGAUACCCACCAAGCGUCGCAUCAUCGCCUACCUGGAUCACUACGAGCGGGAGUCGAUCGAUCGCGUGGUCAACGACAACAUGCUGCAGAGACGUUCCGAUGACUCCGACGUCGACCUGUUGGUGUGCGUGAAGAAUGGAACUGUGUACAAGUCGGGAUCGGCGAUGUCCUCAUCGAAUCUGUGCAGCUAUUGCUACUGCAUUGGUGGCAACGAAAAGUGUGUCAAGCCCAAGUGCAUGCUGCCCGUGGACGGGUGCAAGCCCAUAUUCGUGGACUCCACCUGUUGCCCGGUGCGCUACGACUGCAGCAGCAAGACCUCUGGCAAGUCCUCGCAGGAGGUGCGCUACCGGAAGAACUCGAAUAAGCACUUCCAGCGCAUGGCGCAGCGCUUGCAGCGGAACCGCGGCUGCACCGUGGGCGCCCAGUUCUAUGCGGAGGGCCAGAAGAUGCGAUCGGACGCGGAUAAGCCAUGUGACAUCUGCUUCUGCAUCCGCGGCACGCGCCGCUGUGCGCCGAAGAAGUGCGCGCCGGCCCUGAAGAACUGCAUUCCGGUGGUGCCCAAGGGUCAGUGCUGCCCCUCCAGCUACGACUGCGGCAGCCAGCGGGACUAUCGCCGCUCGCAGAGCUCUCGCCAAUUCAACCUGUACAAUCUGCUCUUUGGCAAGGAGGAGCAGGAGGCGGAGGCGGCAGCAGCUGCUGCCCUGAUACCGCAAAACACCAUGGCCGAGCACUACCCUCUCGACCGCCAUCCCACUGAGCCACCCGUGGGCGAUCCGCUGCAGGCCAGCAGCGAGAAGAGCAUCUUCGAUACGCUGCGCGAGGGCCUCGAGUUCAUCGAUGGCAACAACAACCAGAUGCUGGCCAAUAACAUGGACUUGGUGGGCAGCACACCCACGGCCAGUCCGCUGAUCUCUGACCCGAGCAGCACCACAGAGCUCAGCUUCCUCGACCUGCUGCUCGGACCCAGCACAGAGACCGAAGAGCCCAUAACGCCAGAGGCCACAACCGAGAAAAAGAAGCCCAUAUCCUGGAUGGACAUACUGCUUGGACCCGACGAAGAGGAGCCAGCUGUUGCACUCGAGCCGAUUGCGGCUGUAGAAGCCAGCUCUACUUUGGCACCGGCACCGGCACCACCCACGAGCAGCACCACUGAGCGCAGCAUUGAGCGGAUUGCAGACGAUUUCGGAGACCGAUGGAUCGAGGGACAGUAUGCGGUGGGUGAACUGCCAGCGGAAGCCCAGCAAGAAUGGGCCGGACCCACUGAAGCCCCACCGACCAGCACCACAGCUCAACCACCCGAUCUAUUCAACGUGCUGCUGGACGGACUUUCAGUCAUGCUGAACGACAAUGCCACCAGCACCACUUCGACAACCACAACGACAACAACAACAACGAGCACCACUACGACUAGAAGGCCCUUUAGCACACACGCACCGCCCAUGUUCCGUCCACUGCCGAGCAGCAAACCGCACCACACGCGCAUCAACUCCAAGCUGGCUAAUCUCACAGUGACCCCACCGAUGGUUGUGGUCACCAGCAAAUACGGUCAGCCCGUCACCUAUCGGACGAUGCCAAGCAAGGGCACCACCAGCACCACGAGCACCACCACAACAACAACCACAACCACAACCACACCCAAGCCACUUCCAGUGAAUGUUACUAUCUCAAAGACCACAACUACGCAUAGACCCUCAACAACAAAAACAACAACAACAACACCAAGAACAACUACCAAAGCAAAGCCAAAAACCACCACCACAACGACCAGAACAACAACCACCACCACCACAACGCAACCACCAACAACUACAACCACGCCAAAGCCUACAACCCCAACGCCUCGCACCACCUUCCGACCCACAUUCAAGCACAAGCCAACCCCAGCAUACAUCACUAGCACCACUAAGCCACUGAUCAUCAAAACGAAUCCCACCAUUUUGGAAGUGGAUCCCUUGGACGAUGCAGACAGCACUGCGCCCACGCUGCCGCCCAGCUUGCCGAACCUGAAAAUCAUACCGUUUUUGCCCACGGAUGCUGUGGAUACGAAACCACCAAUACAACCACCCGAGGGCUACAGCAGCCACAAUUACUAUCAGCAGCCAGCGGGUCUGCUUGUCUCGCAAAUCGCCUCCGACAGAGUGGACAGCGAGUACGAUGUGACCUACGUGGAUCACCACCACAACAACAACCACAACAGCGAUCAGGCUGCCUACAAAUACAAGUUCAAUGUGGAGGUUCCCGCUGUGGCAGCCCCACCUGAGCCAGUGGUGCACGUCAUUGGCAGCGCCGACUACGUCAAAUAUGAUUUCAAUGAGCAGGUGGUGCAGCCACCCGUGCACAGUGGUUUCUCACCACCCACCGAGACGGAGGGCGGCUUCAUGCCCAAGGAACCGCUCGUCAUCGAUGGGGAAGUGCUGCAGGAACAUGUCACAUCGAACGUCCUGCUGGGCGAUAAUUAUCACGUCACGCAGCAUAUUAUCGAUAUAACGACAGAGAGGGAGGAUAACGACACGGCUUCAAUCGAGAUCACAACGCCUGAUCCCUUCAAAGAUGUUAUACACACGGAGAGGCCACCAAAUCUCGAUGUGCUGAUUGGAGACAAGCUGCAGAAGAAACCGGCAGAGCAGCUGCAGCAGCAACAUAUCGAGAGUGUCACCUACAGCAUCAGCCACUCUUCCGGCAAUAAAACUGCAGCAGCAGCAGCAGCAGCAGCAGCAACAACAACAACAACGGCUGCAACUACAACCACAAAACAUACAUCGCUGAUAGACAAAAAUGAGAUAAACAAACUGGAUGAGCUGCUGGAAGAGCUGUUGGGCAUGAGCCUGCCUACCAAGCCGCACACCAGCAGCAGUAGCAGCAGCAGCAGCAGCAAUAGUACAGUGCCGCCUUUUAAAACAUUGCCAACAGCAGCAGCAGCAGCAGCAGCAGCAACAGAUGCAACAACAACUACUGCGCGCCCACCUGCCACACCCACCGCAGCACGGGGCCACAAGAAGGGCAACAAAACAAAGCCGAAAACAUCGAGCAAUAGACGCAACCAGACAGCAACUGCAACGGCAAAGCCAUCCCGCAACAAAGGUCAAGCGACCACGCGCCGAACACCCGCCAGCAACAGCAACAGCAACAGCAACAUUAACAGGAACAACUCAAUGGGCAGCACAGCGCAAACAAGUGCAAAAACCAAAAACACGCCAGCAACAGUAACAUCAACAACGACAUCAACAGAAGCAACUAGCAGCCCCACAACAACAGCAGCAACAACAUCAACAACAACAGCAGCAAUUGUUUCCACCACAGUGCAUCCAUUUUUAAUGUCACCAUUCGACAAAUUGCCCUUCAUGGACACCAGCUACGAGGUGCGACAUCAGCAACAGCAGCUGCAACAACAGCAACAGUUGCAGCAAUUUCAUCAUUAUCAGCAUGCGCCAAGCAGCAGCAGCACAACAACAACAACAACAACAGCAACACCAGCAGCAGCAGCAGCAGCAGGAGGAGGAACGGCAACUGUUGCUGGGGGCGAGGGGCUAAUGGAUCCUGCGGGCAUACUAAAAUUAGCCGGCUGCAACAUUUACGGCCGCAUGUACCGAGUGGGUCGCAUUAUUGUGGAGCUAUCCAAUCAAUGCCUCGAAUGCAAAUGCACCGAGGUGGGCGUCAAGUGCGGCCCAUUAGACUGUUAGUUUAAGCCACGCCCCCAGCCCUUCC